AUGUCUAAGACUAAUGGUACUAAUGGUGCUUCCAAGCUGGAGUGUCCUUCUCCGGCAAGGUGUAAGCGUGUUCCGACGCCAGGGAAGGCAACUAUUCUUGCAAUGGGGAAAGCAUUCCCUAGCCAACUCAUUCCUCAGGAUUGUUUAGUAGAAGGAUACAUUCGUGACACAAAAUGUGAAGACUUGUCCAUUAAGGAGAAGUUGGAACGCCUGUGUAAAACAACUACUGUGAAGACUAGAUACACAGUGAUGUCCAAGGAGAUCUUAAACAAAUACCCAGAACUGGCAACAGAAGGCUCACCAACCAUCCAACAAAGGCUUGAAAUAGCCAACCCUGCUGUCCUAGAAAUGGCCAUGGAAGCAAGCCUUGCUUGUAUCAAAGAGUGGGGAAGACCAGCACAAGAUAUCACCCACAUUGUUUAUGUUUCUUCGAGCGAAAUCCGAUUACCAGGUGGUGACCUCUACCUCGCCACCCAACUCGGCCUGAGAUCCGACGUAGGCCGUGUAAUGCUCUACUUCUUAGGCUGUUACGGCGGCGUCACUGGCCUCCGUGUCGCCAAAGACAUCACUGAAAACAAUCCAGGAAGUAGAGUCCUCAUAACAACCUCAGAAACCACAAUUCUCGGUUUCCGACCCCCCAACAAGGCCCGCCCCUACGAUCUGGUCGGCGCCGCCCUUUUUGGCGACGGAGCUGCCGCCGCAAUAGUCGGCACCGACCCAUUCCUCGGCACAGAAUCCCCCUUCAUGGAGCUAAACUACGCAGUUCAGCAGUUCUUGCCGGGGACCCACAAUGUGAUCGACGGUCGACUUUCGGAGGAGGGCAUAAACUUCAAGCUAGGGAGAGAACUUCCUCAGAAGAUUGAAGACAACAUUGAGGAGUUCUGCAAAAAGAUCGUAGUGGAAAAAGGUGGUUUGGGUUUGAGUGAUUUUAAUGAGCUGUUUUGGGCUGUUCACCCGGGUGGACCGGCUAUACUGAACCGGUUAGAGAGUACUUUGAAGUUGAGGAGUGAGAAGCUAGAGUGUAGUAGGAGGGCAUUGAUGGAUUUUGGGAAUGUUAGUAGUAAUACUAUAUUUUAUGUUAUGGAGUAUGUAAGAGAGGAGUUGAGGAAAAAAGAGGGUGGAGAAGAGUGGGGACUUGCUUUGGCAUUUGGACCAGGGAUUACUUUUGAAGGGAUACUCAUUCGUAGCCUUUGA